AUGACAUCGCAAGACUCCCCAGCCAGUUUCGGAGUGCUCGGCAUUGAGCCGCCGGUUCUCUCUAUUGCUUCAUCACCUUAUUCCAUCGUCUUUGAAUGGGCAGCAUUAUUACCGUUAGUCAUUUAUCUCUCCAGCAGUCGGCUACCACAUAGGCUGGUCGGCCAAGCUGCAUUAACUGGUUUUGUGCCCGUUGCACUAUUCCCUCGCUUGGGAGUUAUCGCAACCAUAGCCGAUUUCCUUCAACAAGGCCAAGAGUUCUUGGAUCGUGCAUCUUCUAGCAAUGACCUUCGUAGGAAGGUUUGGGACGUCAACUGGGGGAGCAUAUUCCCUUGCGCCAACGGAGCUGUAGCAGCUAUGCUCAGCGCUUACGCACUUCGAAAUGUCAAUGUUCAGAAGGUACCAGAAGAAGUCGAGGAGAUCGCUGGGUCUAAGGGAGGGUAUAAGCCUCUAAAGCCCAACAGCCCGUUUCGUCGCUACCAGAAGCUUCACAUCCUGCGCUUUUCUGAGACUACGAAAAAGAUCAGCCAUGCCCGAUAUCUUUGGUCUGGCCUCCCAACUAUCCUUGAAGUUCUCCUCCCCUUGGGGCUUUCCGGGGCCUGCGUUGUAUGUUUUCUAUGUGGGCUCUAUGGAACCGGUGUCGCAAUGCUACUUGCUGUUCUCUUACGCAUAAGCAGACACCUUAUGGUUAUCGAGCGACCAGAUGGAUAUCUUAAAAAUAAUGAGGCUGGUCUCCCGGGCUGUAUGUUGGUGGCUCUGAAUGAGAAUGCCUCGACAUGGUAUCUGUACAUUGGCUCGCGUGGAGUCAUCGAUACCAUGCUUAACAAGACUAUGGUCCAGUCCGUCAACUCUCCGCUGGGUAUCUGGCAUGCUUACGCCCUACGAGCUUUGGAGGCAUUGCAAAUCCUUGUCAUGACCUAUGUCGCCGCGCAAAAAGGCUGGGAUGGUGUCGCACUCCUAUCGCUCGUUGUUGUUUCUUCUAUGCUUGACUAUAUAGCCUACAGUGACGAUCGUUUGGCGUCCCGAUGGCUUAAGCGAGAAGGUAUCAAGGUUGACGCCACAACUCUCCAGUUCAGUGGCCGGACGCCGAUGAUUGGGACGAUCCAGACUUUAGGCAACCAAAGAUCAACGGCGUGGAUGGAUGGGAUCAUUGCGCCUUCGACUCGCCGUGAUGCAUGGCUUCAAAGGCUUUCAUCUGAUGGGAAAGAAGAUGCGUUGGAGAAUGACGUCAGUCUUGAUGAUGAAGAUUGGAUCUAUUUGAACGAGAGACUAACUCUUGCGGCACGAGAUAUGAUUCCACCCGAUAUCAAGGCUGAGUCGAGCUCAUAG